CUUGCUUUUCACUCGUGCCUUAUAUUUGCACUGAUUUUGAAUUAGUUUUGAAUUAGUUUUGUACUAAUUGUUGAUCACAUUUAAUUGUUCAAUACAUGUCUUAGUUUAUACACUCACAACUCAACUCCUUAAGGAUGUCUGGCAGUCCGAUGUGUGCUAUUUGUGGUGUUAAUGAGGAGACUGCCAAUAAAAGGACUAAGCUUGGCGAGAAUUAUGUGCGUAAAGGCAGCGGUGUCUACACCUGUGAGCGCGACAGACAGUGGUUCGGCAGAAAUCACGGUUUACACGUCGCGUGUCCGGGAGGCCCUAUACCAGUCGAUAGGGAGAAUUGUGCCAUAAAUAUAUGCCGGUCCUGUAAACUACACAAAUGCCUGCGACUGGGCAUGAGAUUUAAAAAUAAAGCACAGGACACGGCUAAUGCGAGCGGGUCUAUGUUUAAUGAGCAGCCAGGGACUAGUGCUAAUAAGGACCAAGCUCAACUUCCAGUAACUAGUGUGCCAUCACCGCAGCCACCUAUUUGUGGCAUUGACAGUGACCCUGCUCACGUACUCGCACAGAAUGCUAACGCAAUCGCAAACAGUGGUCUUAUUUUGAACACUAAUUCAAUGGCGCCACACACGGAGGGAACAGGAGAUUUGGAUUUUGAGCGCAUCAUUGCCAGUGCAGGCAUUUCCCAUUCAGAUCUGAUGAGCACACAUUCAGAUAACUUAGAUUUGGAGGUAUUUUCUCAACUCAUGACCGACACCGCAGAGAUGGUAGACCAGGGAAUGGGUGUGAAUGCAAUGCACGCUUCGACAUCACAACCACCACCACAGCUCUCGACUAAUACAUGUGUGGCCAUUGUGUGCCAACCCAGACCACUGCCAACUCAAGUGAACCCACAAACUAAUAUGAUAGCGCCUCCGACACGAGAAUGUCGUGUCUUUGAUUUGAUCACUACUCUUGUUGAUCGCCCUGACAUUGACUUGAGUGCCAUUCCCUGUGAUCAACCAUUUAUUACCAAAGCUUUAGAUAUUAUUCGCGGAAUGCAUGCAAAUAUUAAUCAAAACAAUGUGUGGCAACAAGAGCUUAAAAACUGCCUGAUUGAGCAUGGUCACUUGGAGUACCUCCAGAGGGCUAUCAUGGCGAGCAGUAUGGAGCAGCCCUGGCCCGCUAUUCAUGGCAUUGAUCUAAGGGUGAGGGGUCAACCUGUGCUCUCAACAGGGAAUGGCAGGUCUAGUGGUCGUGUCGUAGUGUUUGUGACGGAACCCGAUCUCAAGGAGGAAGAGUUGAGAUGGAAAUCCUUUUAUGAACAGUUGGGCUACGAAUUCACUGUCGAUAGCAAAGCCACGCGCCGUAAGAUAAAGGACGCGUUGUAUGGACUGGCGGCUCAACCACUCGAUGGGAAGGCGCUGAUUGUCAUGUUUAUAGGCGGUGCCUAUUUCGUGGACAAUGGCAACCGACCGGAAAAUGAGAUGUCAGUCCCGGAAAUAGUGGACACUCUUUCACACCUCGUUCAGUGUUUGCGGGACAGACUAAAACUCUGUGUUUUUAACUUUCAUUCGAUUGAAAAUGUAGAGCAGCAUGAGAACUUUCAUAUGAUGUUUGACAAUCAUACUCUAUUGGUCUAUGCACAUUCCAAAAAUAAGGAUUCGUGGCGUAAACCCACAGAAAAUAUUACAAUAUUCGGACAGGCAUUCAGUCAUUCCGCCGCACAAUACCCACGCAAACCCCUCAAUGAAAUAGUUAACAUGGCAAUUAGGCGCAUUGCAGCUGAGCAUCGUGAUAGUGACCACCCGAACAUUGCCAUAUACCCCAUGGAUAACCAGCGAGAAAUAUAUUUGCCCAUUGCAUGAUAACAGUAUCAAUAGUACUCGCUUGCAAAAGUAGUUAUAUAAAUUGCUUG